AAGCGUGUCUCCGGAGACAGAUCUGUGUUCUGCUGCCCCAGACUGAGGCUCAGGGUGCCUCCAGCGCUCCACACGAGUCUUUACAACACACAAACACAUUUUCGCUGUCAGGACUCCUACACCUGCUGUGCUUCUGCGCUGAAACAAGUCUCCAACCUACGAGACCCUUCACACCGCAAGGUUACCGAGAAGAGACGGUUAUCCUUUUUGGAGAAAAAUGAAACUUGAAGUUUUCUCUGCGCAUCACUACGCGCAGAAGCCGCUGGAGUUGUGCAUGGACGCAGAAGCGGGAGUCCCGUCUCCUCUGUCCGGAGACGAGCUGGGGUCGGACGGGGAUUGCGUAGCCAACAGCCCGGCACCUGUCACACAGAGCAGCGAUGGCAGCAAAGGGAAACCCUACACCCGCAGACCCAAGCCCCCGUACUCCUACAUCGCCCUCAUCGCCAUGGCCAUCCGGGAGUCCAGCAGUGGGCGCCUCACUCUGGCUGAGAUCAACGACUACCUGAUGAAGAAGUUCCCGUUUUUCCGUGGCAGCUAUACCGGCUGGAGGAACUCUGUGCGCCACAACCUGUCGCUCAACGACUGCUUCCUCAAAGUGCUGCGGGACCCGUCCAGGCCCUGGGGCAAGGACAACUACUGGAUGCUCAACCCACACAGCGAGUACACCUUCGCUGAUGGGGUGUUCCGCCGCAGGAGGAAGCGCAUCGCCAAGAGGCCCCCCAAGGAGCAGGAAAGCCCGGACAUCCUCAGUGAGGACACCCGCCUCCCGGCCCCGGAAGAGAGGGUGGGGGCCAAGUUCUCCAGCUCCUUUGCCAUCGACAGCAUCCUCGGCACACCUUUCAAACGAAGGGAGGACAGCCUUGCUUGCGCAGAGCAGCCCGGCCCCCGGCUGUACUGGUCCCCAGGGGCACACGUACUGCCUUAUACUCUGAACUAUCAGGCACAGCAUGCCUACAUGUCGGAGGCGGCGUACAGCGGCACAGAGCCCGUCAAAGAUGCGCCCACAUACCUCCAGCACACAGCACCGGGCAUGGCUGUACCUGAGGCCGCGUUCAAGGUGCCCAACAAAGCGCGAGGUUUUCAUAUAGACUCCUUGCUGUCGUGAGACAUCUAGACUGCUGUCGGGACUUGUGUGUUUUGACCCACAUUGUGCACUUUGGUGGGCACUCUUAGCUUUCAGUGCUUCAACUGUUUUACUGUGUGGGACUCGGCCUGUCUCACCAUGACUACUGUAGCUUCAGUCCUCUUUCUGUGAAAAAAACAAAAAACAAAUCAAAACAAAAACCAAACAUGACGAGUUGUUAAUAUAGAAAUAACUGUGUGCUGACUAAACAAAUCAUUAGUGUCGUUGCAAGACAUUCCACUGUGUGUGUGUGUGUGUGUGUGUGUGUGUGUGUGUGUGUGUGUGUGUGUGUGUGUGUGUGUGUGUGUGAGAAAGAGAGAGCCUAUUUGUGUUCAUGUUUGUAUUCAUGGUUCAUUGGUCAUUUCUACUGUAUGACGGCAACCAAGUGCCAUGUUAAAACUUAAAACUAUCAGUCUAUUUAUAUUUUCAUGUUUUGUAUGACCUGCUGUAUAAAUAUUGUAUAAUAUUAUUGACUGGGCUGCGUUAGGAAUCACGUGGCUGCACUAAGAAACGCAUGGAAAAAAAUGUGCCGUUUUCCUGAGAUUGAUUGAUGCAUGCCUUUUAUUUUUUAUGAAUAAAAACACGUGAAACAAUGGGACCCCGGUGUUCACUGUGUUAUUCACUGCUGACAUGAAAGGAGAAAAGGGAGUUGUCAGAUCAGAAACAGGUGCAUGCAAAUGUGGUGGAGGGAGAGGGAGGGCCUUACACCUGCCGUAGGUGUUUUGUGGAUUCUU